AUGAGUAGCCGUAUCUUGUUUCUAGCCUGAGCAUCUCCCUGGAAGUGUUGCACUGGAAACCUAAACUUUGGGAGAGUUUGAAUCCUGUUGCCACUAGACGAGGAGUUUAUUCAAUGCCAUCGCUUUUAUAACAAAACGUGUAGUUUGAUGACCUGUGAGCUACGACUGUAUAAAACAAGAAUGGCCCUUGAGAUGUCCAACGAUAAACGGAUAAAACUCGGAGCGCUCUGGUGACUCGAAUCCAAUUGCGCCCCUAUCCAAAAAAAUAUCCUCCCCAACCGGGAGAUUCAUACUGGACGUUUGGAAGCGGAACGAACGAUGACUAGACGCAGUGACAGCGAUAAUGACGGAGAGACUUCAUCCCCGUCUCCGUCCUGGCGCCCAAAGAAAUGUAAAGGUGAAAAGCAUGUGUCUUUCCCUCCGGAUGAGGAGAUAGUGUCAGGCUUCGCUGAGCGCAAGGACACGAUCAAUGUUGACAGCCUCACCUUGGCAGAGGUAAUUGAGGCCUACAAGAGGAGCUGCGACAGGCACCAGGUGGAACCUAAACCCAAGAUUCUGGAACAACUUGAGCAGGUUACCAGUUUAAAUGGCAGGGCCCCAUGUCUGGAUUUGAAAGGUGAGCGAUUAGACCACCUUUCCUGCGAGGCUCUGGAAGUCAUACUGAAAUCACUGAGCUUUGAUUUCAUCAAUCUGCAAGCGGCAGAGCUGGAGGAAAAUGGAGCAUCAUCCUUGCUGGAUAUGAUUUUGUAUUAUGAAUCUACCCCCCAUCUUGACAUCUCUGACAACACCGGCAUGGGGAUAUCUGGUUGGAAGGCCCUCUCUCAUUUGAUAAAGCAGAGUGUGUGUCUGUUGAGGCUGGAUGUGUGUAACGUGGCCCUGCUACAGUAUCCAGCCCAUGUCCUGUCAAGAGCCCUCCUAAGCAGCAGACUCACCGUGCUGCACCUCCAAAGCACCUGCCUCAGUGGCAGACCCCUCUUCACGCUUGUGGCUGCUCUGAAGAGCAACAGAGCGCUCCGGGAGCUGUACCUGUCCAACAAUAAUCUGAACAGCGAACAGGACUCUAUGCAGUUAGGAGACCUGCUCAGAUACAACAGCUCAAUCACUACUCUGGACCUCAGCAACAACACCAUAGCAAACUCAGGACUGGAGGAGAUCUGUGAAGGUCUGAGAGUUCAGACAGAUGGACUGAAGGUUCUGAUUCUAUGGAACAACCAGAUCACUAACAAUGGACUGGUCCAUCUAGCCAAAGUUCUGCCUGUCCUAAAGACUCUGGAGACAUUGAACCUGGGGGAGAAUAACCUGCAGAACAGAGGUAUCCACACACUGAGGGAAUCUCUGAUGAUGAACCACUCACUUUUGCAGCUAGGCCUGGAACACACACACUUCACUUGUGAAGGUGCUGUGGCUUUGGCUGAGUUCCUAGCUGAGAGCCGUCAGAUCCAGCGCCUGGACGUGCGUGAGAACGAGGUCAGGGCUGGAGGUCUCAUGGCCCUCUCUCUGGCCUUACGAAUCAACCACAGCCUCACCUCACUAGACCUGGACCACACACCCAAACAGGAACAGGAGGACUUUCUGAUGGAGACACAGAAGAGUCUACUGAGAGAGAUCAGUGAGCUCUGCACGGGGAACGCUGCACGUCACCGCAUCGCCGCGGAAACAGAGCUGCCGUGGCCCGACUCCUCUGAGACCCGCUGACAACCCCACAACAUGACUGAAAUGGAUACACACGUGCACGCAGACGCACACUUUCUCUCCCUCACUCUCUGUCACGCACACACACACAGACGUCCUGUCCUAAUGUCCAUCCCAAACAGUUGACUAGCAGAUCUAUACGAAUAAUAAUUAUAUGGCAAAUAAUGCUAACCAUAAAACUCCAAAUCUGGGUAAUAAAGCCGGAGCUCUGGUCCCUAAUGAAACUUAGGGGUAUGUCCCAAAUAGCACCCCUAUUCCUUAUGUAGUGCACUACUUUUGACCCGGACCAAUGGUCCGCCCUGCUGUUCCCAGGCUAAUGCUCCUGCCUAGGCUCACACACUUUCCAUGAAGCAAUAUUGCAAGCCCACUCAAAACGUGAAUCACCUAGAAAUGAAGAGAGUUGUUUUCUCUCUUCUUCGCCUCGCCCCCCCUCGUUUAAUGUCCCCGGAGUGUGAUGCGGACUAAAGCUCUGUUGAUACGGAAAGGUGUGUGUGUGUCAUGACUAAUAUUCAGGGGAGCACUCUUGUGUCUGGUUGUUACUUAUGUUCCACAGCAUCAUCUGCAUGACAGCCACAACUGAACUGAACUCUGCUAACUUACAUUCGCACAUGGACAGCCUCAGGUAUGUCACACAGUUUCAGCGACGACAGUUUGCCUUUUGUUUUUAUUGCGCUGUUUUGCUUCCUUUUAUGAGUUUUCACAUAAUCAGUUUGUACCCUGGUAUUUUUAGGAUUCAUGUUCAGAAACUUGAUGUAGUUCUAAACAGAUAUGAACAUUUCAAUCAUUGGUUUGGAGCUUCUGGUAAAACUAUUUUAGAUGGACUGAGGGAACAAGGGAUCAAAAUGCUUCACAUCAACAGGGAACGGGACUAUUUUAAUGUUGUAUUAUAUGACAAUUUCUCUAUCUAGGAUUUUAUAUACGUAUGAUGAUGUCAUCUCGUUGUUGCUGUGUGUUUGUCACACUUACAGAAAGUGUAUAUUUGUCACACGGAUUUGUUUCUGCAGUAAAAAAGGAAUGACAGAAUUGCAGCUAAGGAAGGCAUUGCUUGAUGUUGACAUACGCAUCAUAGAAAUGAGAGCGUGGGCAAAAUGCUUCUCUGCAUAACCACUCUGUUAAUGUAUAGGCUAAUACAUAGUACUUACGGUACUUACUGGACACCAUUUCCACUUUGAAUCAUACAGGGAUUGAAGUUUGUAGUGAUUCUGAUGGAUUUGUGCUUUUUGUGGCUAUAACAGUUACAAAACUUUGUGCACUUUUUGUUAAAUACCAAAUAAAUACCAAUACAAAAAAACUAUUUUCCCCUCUGUUUUCUCUCAUGUCUAUUUGCGUCCCAAAUGGCCCCUUGAGGCCCUGGUCAAAAGUAGUGCACUACAUAGGGAAUAAGGUGCCGUUUGGGAUGUAGCCUAUUUCUCUCCUCUCCUCUAAAACCAUGUUUAUUAAAGAUCUGCUGAUUGACA